AUGUUUUUAACGCGAAGCGAAUACGACCGAGGAGUAUCGACCUUCUCCCCCGAGGGCCGUCUCUUCCAAGUCGAAUACUCCCUCGAAGCAAUCAAGCUCGGCUCGACCGCCAUCGGGAUCCAGACGUCACAGGGCGUCAUCUUGGGAGUAGAGAAGCGCGUCACGUCAUCCUUGCUUGAAUCAAGCUCGAUUGAAAAGAUAGUUGAGAUUGACCACCAUAUAGGAUGCGCCAUGUCGGGAUUAACUGCCGACGCGAGAUCGAUGAUUGACCAUGCGCGUGUAUCGAGCUUGACUCACAAUUUAUAUUAUGACGAGGAGAUUGGCGUGGAGAGCUUGACGCAGAACGUGUGUGAUCUCGCGUUGCGUUUCGGCGAGGGCGCCGAUGGUGAGAAACGGUUGAUGUCGAGACCUUUUGGAGUGGCGUUGUUAAUUGCCGGAGUCGAUAAGCAGCGCGGGGCCCAGUUGUACCAUGCUGAACCGUCGGGGACGUUUUAUCGAUACGAGGCCAAGGCGAUUGGGAGCGGCAGCGAGGGCGCUCAGGCGGAAUUGAAUAAUGAGUAUCACAAGAGCUUGACUUUGGAGGAGGCCGAGUUGUUGGCGCUCAAGAUCUUGAAGCAGGUCAUGGAGGAGAAAUUGGAUUGUCAAAAUGCCCAGUUGGCUAGCGUUACUGUCGACAAAGGGUUCCAGAUUUAUAGCGACGAGAAGACGGAUGCUAUCAUCAAGGUUUUGAACGAGCAGGCUACUGAUGAGGAUACCGUUGUGAGUUAG